AUGAGACGACCCAGUAGCAUCAAACUGUUCUUUUAUAUGUGUGCAUUGCUUGCUUUAAGUUACGUGUUUUCAUCAACAUCUCCGGCAAGUGACGUGGCUGACGGGAUGGGAAGGGAAUGGAACGUUACACCUAUAGAAGAGAUUGAAGCAAAGCUAUCGACUGAGACGGAAAUCACGCGCAAAAAGAAUAACGUUCGAUAUUUACCACCCAGAGCAACAGGUAACGAGCGCAGAACAAUAUCAACUCAAAAUGGAACUCGUGUACUGAUAGUAUCACGCUUUCGAACAGGGUCCACGAUCACGGAAAGAUUUCUAUCGCGGAAUCCCGACUUUUUCGGCGUUCACGAACCCGGAGGAAUGUUACAACGAGCGUUGAAGAAACAUAUUUUGCAAGAUAGCUAUGAUAAAUUAUCGGAUAUUCGCGAAGACCUACUCGAUUUUAUGCACGAUAUAUAUAAUUGUAACUUUACUGGACAUCCGUAUUUCAUCGAUUCUUUGAACAACAUUUGGUAUUAUGUGUUGCGGUCAUAUUUGACGUAUUUGCCGCGACCUAAUAUAACCAACGAAGCUGUCACUGGUAUAUGUAAAUCGAAACCUCACAAGGUGAUCAAAGUGUGUCGGCUGUAUUCCAUUCUCGAGGCUGAAAGAUUGGUAACAGAAGACAAUGUGAAAAUCAUAUUUAUCGUUCGAGAUCCCCGGGGGAUGGCUCCAUCGCGAAUGAAAUUUACAAAAUUGUUUACGCCCGAGGAAAAUUUCUAUGAAGUGGAACACCGUGAAUUUAAGCUUCAUUCAAAAAUGGAGGAUUUAAUGUUGGACUACUGUAAUUGGUUAAAACUAAAUCACCUCGCAAUAUCGGAGCUCCCGGAUUGGUUGAAAGACAGGUACUUAAUUAUAAGAUACGAAGAUAUGGAAAGGCAACUACGACAGACACUUCAAAUAAUAUACAAUUUUGUGGGGGUCCAGUUCCGCAAUGACGUCAUGCGCUCCGUUUUGCAAGAAGUUGAAGAAUUUGAAGUUUUUGAAAAGGGUAAUAAUGGCGAACGAUGGAGAAACAAGUUAAAAAUAGAAGAAGUAUUACGAGUCCAAGAAUUAUGCUCAAGUAAAUUGUUCGCAGAUUUUGGUUAUAAACUUGUCAACAACCAAUUGGAAUUAAUUGACACCAAAACAUCUCUAGUUAAUGAUCUUCCAGCAUAUUAA